AUGUCAGAAAGCCCGAGCAACGAAGAACAGCGCGAGGAACAGUUACAGACGGAACUUGAUGAAGCCGGGGGAGCUGAGGAGAAAUCUGACUCUGAUGCGGGAAAAGAGUCUUCCUCUGAGGCAGGGGGUGAUGGACUUGAUGCACCGUCCUCCUCCUUUUCUCCAUCCAAAGUAUCUUCCGCCGGCUAUGAAGAGAAAGUGCAAACUGAUCGGACCAACAGGUUUGAAUACUUGUUGAAGCAGACAGAGCUGUUUGCCCAUUUCGUUCAGCCGGCUGGACAGAAGACCCCCACAUCCCCUCUGAAGAUGAAACCAGGGCGCCCCCGCAUCAAGAAGGAUGAGAAGCAGAACCUGAUCUUGGCUGGAGAUAACCGUCACCGGCGCACCGAGCAAGAGGAAGACGAGGAGCUGCUGAGUGAGAGCACCAAGACGACAAACGUGUGCACGCGCUUCGACGACUCUCCUUCUUAUGUCAAGUCCGGAAAGAUGAGGGAUUACCAGAUCCGUGGGUUGAACUGGCUCAUUUCUUUAUACGAAAAUGGAAUUAACGGCAUUCUUGCUGAUGAAAUGGGUUUGGGGAAAACACUGCAGACCAUUUCUUUACUUGGCUACAUGAAGCAUUAUCGUAGCAUCACGGGUCCACACAUGGUGCUUGUGCCCAAGUCCACCCUCUACAACUGGAUGAACGAGUUCAAGCGCUGGGUGCCCUCCUUGCGCGCCGUGUGCCUCAUUGGGGACCGGGACCAGAGGAACGCACUGAUCCGGGACGUGCUGCUGCCGGGAGAAUGGGACGUUUGCGUCACGUCCUACGAAAUGCUGAUCAUCGAGAAGGCCGUGUUCAAGAAGUUUAACUGGAGAUAUCUUGUCAUUGACGAGGCGCACAGAAUCAAGAAUGAGAAAUCCAAGUUGUCUGAAAUCGUGCGAGAGUUCAAAACCACAAACCGUUUGCUGCUGACCGGAACACCGCUGCAGAACAACCUGCACGAGCUCUGGGCACUGCUCAACUUCCUGCUGCCCGAUGUGUUCAACUCCUCUGAGGACUUUGACUCGUGGUUUGACACCAAUAACUGCCUGGGCGACCAGAAACUGGUUGAACGUCUUCACACCGUCUUGCGUCCUUUCUUGUUGCGGCGUAUCAAGGCUGACGUAGAGAAAAGCCUUCUACCGAAGAAGGAAAUAAAGAUGUAUAUCGGCCUGAGCAAGAUGCAGCGAGAGUGGUACACAAAGAUCCUGAUGAAGGACAUUGACAUCCUGAAUUCAGCCGGUAAGACGGACAAGAUGCGCCUGCUGAACAUCCUCAUGCAGCUGAGAAAGUGCUGCAAUCACCCGUAUCUGUUCGACGGAGCGGAGCCGGGCCCCCCCUACACCACCGACCUCCAUCUGGUGGUCAACGCUGGCAAGAUGGUGGUGCUGGACCGACUGCUGCCCAAGCUCAAGGAGCAAGGUUCCCGUGUGCUCAUCUUCAGCCAGAUGACCAGGGUGCUGGACAUCUUGGAGGACUACUGUAUGUGGAGGAACUACUGCUACUGUCGUCUAGACGGGCAAACGCCGCAUGAAGAAAGACAGAUCUCAAUCAAUGCGUUCAAUGAACCCAACAGCAGCAAGUUCCUCUUUAUGCUGAGCACCCGAGCCGGAGGUCUGGGCAUCAACCUGGCCACCGCAGACGUGGUCAUUCUGUACGACUCAGACUGGAAUCCGCAAGUGGACCUGCAGGCCAUGGACCGCGCUCACAGGAUCGGUCAGCAGAAGCAGGUGCGUGUCUUCAGGUUCAUCACGGAGAACACGGUGGAGGAGAGGAUCGUGGAGAGGGCCGAGAUGAAACUACGCUUGGACUCCAUCGUGAUCCAGCAAGGGCGUCUGGUGGACCCCAGUGCCAACAAGCUGGGGAAGGAUGAGAUGCUGUCCAUUAUCCGUCACGGUGCCACACACGUGUUCUCCUCGAAGGAGAGCGAGAUCACUGAUGAUGACAUUGAUGCCAUCCUGGAGAGGGGAGUGAAGAAGACUGCAGAGAUGUCGGAGAAGCUGUCUUCCCUCGGAGAAAGCUCUUUGAGAAACUUCACCAUGGAUACGGGGGACAGCAGUGUCUACACGUUUGAGGGAGAGGACUACAGGGAAAAGAAAAAGGUCAUUACCAACUGGAUUGAGCCCCCCAAAAGAGAAAGGAAAGCAAACUAUGCUGUGGACGCCUACUUCAGAGAAGCUCUGAGAGUCAGUGAGCCUAAAGCUCCAAAGGCUCCACGUCCUCCUAAGCAGCCAAAUGUUCAGGACUUCCAGUUCUUUCCCCCACGCCUGUUUGAACUUCUUGAGAAGGAAAUCCUCUUCUACAGAAAGACUAUAGGCUACAAGGUUCCACGUAACCCGGAAGUUCCAAAUUCAGCUCAGGUCCAGAAAGAGGAGCAGGGAAAGAUCGACGAGGCAGAGACGCUAACAGAGGAGGAGCUGGAGGAGAAGGAAAAUCUGUUGCAGCAGGGUUUUACUGCUUGGAACAAACGUGACUUUAAUCAGUUCAUCAAAGCCAAUGAGAAGUGGGGACGUGACGACAUCGAGAACAUCGCCAGAGAGGUGGAGGGUAAAACUCCCGAGGAGGUCAUGGAAUAUUCAGCUGUGUUCUGGGAGCGUUGCAACGAGCUCCAAGACAUUGAGAAGAUCAUGGCUCAGAUCGAGAGGGGAGAAGCCCGGAUUCAAAGGCGGAUCAGCAUCAAAAAAGCACUUGACUCAAAGAUCGGCCGCUACAAGGCUCCGUUCCACCAGCUCCGCAUCUCCUACGGCACAAACAAAGGCAAGAACUACACCGAGGAGGAGGACCGUUUCCUCAUCUGCAUGCUCCACAAGCUCGGCUUCGACAAGGAGAGCGUCUACGAUGAGCUGCGCCAGUGCAUCCGCAACUCCCCACAGUUCCGCUUCGACUGGUUCCUCAAGUCCAGAACGGCCAUGGAGCUGCAGAGACGCUGUAACACUCUGAUCACGUUAAUCGAGAGGGAGAACAUGGAGCUGGAGGAGCGGGAGAAGGCGGAGAAGAAGAAGCGAGGCCCCAAAACGGCAUCUGCUCAGAAGAGGAAGUCGGAAGGAACUCCAGAUGCUCGAGGGCGCAAGAAGAAACUCAAGUUGUAA